AUGAAUAUUGAAGCUGUAGAAAAAAGCAAAGACGAGUGGUAUUCUGAACUCAGGUUUGGCAGACAUUUGGUGAACGUGAAGGUGGAUACAGGCGCAAAAUGUAAUGUGCUUUCUAAAAAAUUGUUCGACAAAGUCACAGAAGCUGAGCAACAAGUUACCAAAACAAAUACAAAGCUAAUGUCGUAUAGUGGAGAUUCAGUUCAAACCUUGGGACAAGCAGUGAUGACGUGUUCUUACAAAGACAAACGAUACAAUCUUCUUUUCUACAUAGCGACACACGAUGUAAAGCCUAUUCUUGGUUUACCUGAUUGCGAGCGUUUGGGUAUGGUGAAAAGAAUUAAAGAUGUCAAACCUAUUUUCACUAGCGACGAUAUUCUCAAUGAAUAUGCAGAUCUCUUCGAUGGCAAACUAGGAUGUUUACCCAUUAAACAUCAUAUCAGUGUCAAUCCAAAUGUAAAACCUACAAUUCAUCCUCCUCGACGCGUUCCAGUAGCUAUGAGAACGAAAUUUAAAGAAGAAUUAGAACGAAUGCAACAGAUGGGUGUCAUCGAUCCUGUAGAAAAACCUACGGAAUGGGUUUCGUCAAUGGUAACAGUAGAAAAACCAAACAAGUUACGAAUAUGUAUUGAUCCUAGACAUCUUAAUGAAGCCAUUCAGCGAGAACAUUACCCUCUCUUGACAAUAGAAGAAGUCGUAUCAAGACUACCUGGAGCUAAAAUUUUCUCCGUAUUCGAUGCAGCCUCUGGAUUUUGGCAGAUACCUCUAGAUGAAGAUUCCAGUUAUCUUACAACAUUCAAUACGCCUUUUGGCAGAUACAAAUUCAAUCGUCUCCCAUUUGGUAUAUCCUCAGCACCUGAAGUGUUCCAAAAAGCUAUGCACCAGCUGUUUGACAGAAUAGACGGUUGUGAAAUUAUAAUGGAUGAUAUCUUAGUAUGGGGAACAACAGAGAAAGAGCAUGAUGAAAGAAUUAUCAAUGUGCUGAAUAGAGCUCGUGAAAUCAAUCGCAAAUUAAAGAAAGAAAAAACAAAAGUUAAAGUAACAAAUGUAGAUUACAUGGGACACAAAAUAACAUCAGAUGGUCUUCAAUCCGAUCCUGAAAAGAUUAAAGCAAUAUUAAACAUGCCAAUUCCUAAGGAUAAGAAAGAUCUUCAAUAUUUGGCCAAGUUUAUUCCUUAUCUUUCAGAAAUGGCAAGUCCCCUUAGAGAUAUGUUAAAGAAGGAAAAUGAUUGGUGCUGGUUAGAUCAACAUCAAAUAGUGUAUGACAGAAUCAAGAAAUCCUGUGGAGAGCAUUCUGUAUUGCAAUUCUACGAUGUAUCAAAAGAUGUGACAUUAUCCGUAGAUGCAAGUAUGUCAGGUUUAGGAGCAGUUUGUCCUCAAAAUGGCAAACCAGUUGCUUAUGCAUCGAGAGCUUUAACUGAAUGCCAAAAGAAAUAUGCACAAAUUGAAAAAGAAUUACUUGCAAUUGUAUUUGGAUGUGAAAAAUUUCAUGAUUACAUCUAUGGCAGAGAUGUCAAUGUUGAAACAGAUCAUAAGCCCUUAGAGCAGAUUUUCAAGAAGCCCCUUCAUCAAUCUCCAUUGAGACUCCAGAAAAUGUUGCUGAAACUUCAAAAGUACAGUUUGAAAGUCUCGUUUAAGAAAGGAGCAGAACUUUAUCUCGCGGAUCAAUUAAGUCGAGCGUAUAUCCAAGAAGAAUCAGAUGAUCACUUAGAAGAUUUUGAGAUAAAUGUUGUCUUGCCAGUAAGUGAAGAGAAAAUGAACCAAUUAAAGGAAGAGACAAAGAAAGAUAAAGCAAUGAAGAAGCUACGACAGUACGUAGAAAAUGGAUGGCCAGAUCUACGCAGUAAAGUUGAUUUGGAUGUUUUGAAUUACUGGGACUUUAGAGAAACUCUUUCAGUACAAGAUGACCUACUGUUUAAAGGAGAUCGAGUAAUAAUUCCUGAGUCAUUAAGAACUGAUAUGUUGAAAGCUAUACAUCAAGGACAUUUUGGAUCUGAAUCAUGCAAACGUAGGGCUCGAGAGUGUUUAUAUUGGCCAAAGAUGAGCUUAGAAAUAGAAACAGAAGUUAGAAAGUGUGAAAUCUGCAAUGCCCAUAAGAGUCAUCAACAAAAGGAGCCUCUAGAAUCACAUACUGUACCACAUCGACCGUGGAGUAAAGUUGGAGCAGACCUGUUUGAAUUGAAUGGUAGAAGCUAUCUUCUUAUGGUAGAUUACUACAGUGGAUUCUUUGAAAUUGAUUACUUGUUAAAUACAACAUCAAAGACAGUUAUCACAAAGAUGAAAUCUCAAAUUGCGAGAUAUGGAAUUUUCCAAGAUCUUAUAACAGAUAAUGGUCCACAAUUCAGGAGUAAAGAAUUUCGUGCAUUCUCGUCACAGUAUGGAUUUAAACAUACAACAAGUUCACCUGGAUAUCCAAAAAGUAACGGCAUGUCAGAGCGUGCUGUACAGACAGCAAAAGCAAUCAUAAAGAAAGCAAAAUAUGAUAACACCGAUCCUUAUUUAGGACUCCUUAAUUAUAGAAAUACACCUAGAGAUGAAAUUGUUGGCAGUCCAUCUCAACGACUAAUGGGACGAAGAACUAGGACAUUACUACCAAUAUCAGAGAAGUUACUUGAAUUUCAACCAUUAAACCCUGUUAAUGUUCAAGAAAAAUUGGAAAUGUAUCACAAGAAACAAAAAGAGUUUUAUGAUCGAAAUGCAAAAACACUUCCACCAUUAAAAGAAGGAGAUAAGGUACGUAUAAAAACAGAAAAAGGCUUCCAAAAGAAAGGAAUCGUGGAAAAAUCGUUACUUGAACCAAGAUCGUAUUUGGUUACGUCUGAUGGUACCUACUAUAGAAGGAAUAGAAAUCAUUUAUUAAAGAUUAAUGAAGAAUCGAGAAGCCAAGAUACAGAUAAGUCUUAUAGUGAGAACAAUAGAUCUUAUAAAUAUCGUAAUGAAAGUACUAACAACAGUAAUAUAAGAACUCGGUAUGGACGUCUAAUCAAAAACCAAACAGAUAUUCUUAUUAGAUAA